CAUUUACAGCUAUCUUCCAGAGGGCCACACUGGGCAUGGACACCCUUUUCCCUACCUGGAGGAGCACAGGUGAUAGUGUAAUUUUCCAGUCACGAAACUGUUAAGGCCGUCUCAGGGGCGUGUGCGCCAGGAUAGGAGGGCGGCAUCCGAGGACCACAUAGCCAUGCCUUUUGGUCUGAAGCUCCGCCGGACACGGCGCUACAACGUCCUGAGCAAGAACUGCUUUGUUACACGGAUUCGCCUGCUGGACAGCAAUGUUAUCGAGUGCACUCUAUCGGUGGAAAGCACAGGGCAAGAAUGCCUGGAGGCUGUGGCCCAGAGACUGGAGCUGCGAGAGACACACUACUUUGGCCUUUGGUUUCUCAGCAAGAGCCAGCAAGCACGAUGGGUGGAGCUGGAAAAACCUCUGAAGAAACAUCUGGACAAAUUCGCUAAUGAGCCUCUGCUUUUCUUUGGAGUCAUGUUUUAUGUGCCAAAUGUGUCAUGGCUUCAGCAAGAGGCCACAAGAUAUCAGUAUUAUCUGCAAGUCAAAAAAGAUGUGCUUGAAGGGCGAUUACGAUGUACAUUGGACCAGGUGAUUCGGCUAGCCGGCCUAGCUGUGCAAGCUGAUUUUGGAGACUAUAAUCAGUUUGAUUCUCAAGAUUUCCUCAGAGAGUAUGUGCUAUUUCCUAUGGAUUUGGCCCUGGAAGAGGCUGUUCUGGAGGAGCUGACCCAGAAGGUAGCCCAAGAACACAAAGCCCACAGUGGAAUCCUGCCAGCAGAAGCUGAACUGAUGUACAUCAAUGAAGUGGAACGUUUGGAUGGAUUUGGACAGGAAAUCUUCCCUGUAAAGGACAAUCAUGGAAACUGUGUACACCUUGGCAUUUUCUUUAUGGGGAUUUUCGUGAGGAACAGAAUUGGAAGACAAGCAGUAAUACACAGGUGGAAUGACAUGGGGAAUAUCACUCAUAACAAGUCGACCAUUCUAGUGGAGCUCAUCAACAAAGAAGAGACUGCCCUCUUUCACACGGAUGAUAUCGAAAAUGCCAAGUAUAUUUCUCGGUUGUUUGCCACACGACACAAGUUUUACAAACAAAACAAAAUCUGCACUGAACAGUCAAAUUCUCCACCCCCCAUCAGACGCCAGCCCACCUGGAGCCGGUCCUCUCUGCCCAGGCAGCAGCCGUACAUCCUGCCUCCCGUUCACGUCCAGUGUGGUGAGCACUACUCGGAAACGCACACCUCGCAAGACAGCAUUUUUCAUGGGACUGAAGAAGCCUUGUAUUGCAACUCUCACAACAGCCUGGACUUAAAUUAUUUAAAUGGCACCGUCACCAAUGGCAGCGUGUGUAGCGUUCAUAGCGUCAACUCCCUCAACUGCUCGCAAAGUUUCAUCCAGGCCUCCCCUGUAUCCUCCAACCUCAGUAUCCCUGGGAGUGACAUCAUGCGGGCCGACUACAUCCCGAGCCACCGGCAUAGUGCGAUCAUCGUGCCCUCGUACAGGCCAACCCCCGAUUACGAGACAGUCAUGCGCCAGAUGAAGAGGGGGAUACUGCAUACAGACAGCCAGAGCCAGUCUCUGAGAAACCUCAACAUCAUCAACACCCAUGCCUAUAACCAGCCAGAGGAUCUGGUGUACAGCCAACCAGAGAUGCGGGAGAGGCACCCCUACACUGUCCCUUAUGGGCCACAGGGGGUCUAUAGCAACAAACUUGUCAGUCCAUCUGACCAGAGGAACCCAAAGAAUAAUGUGGUACCAAGCAAGCCGGGGGCAAGCGCCAUCUCGCACACGGUGAGCACCCCAGAGCUGGCCAACAUGCAGCUGCAGGGCAACCAUAACUACAGCACGGCCCACAUGCUCAAGAACUAUCUCUUCAGGCCACCGCCCCCCUACCCACGGCCACGACCUGCCACCAGCACCCCAGACCUGGCCAGCCACCGCCACAAGUACGUCAGUGGCAGCAGCCCAGACCUGGUGACCCGGAAGGUGCAGCUCUCGGUAAAGACCUUCCAAGAGGACAGCUCUCCGGUGGUGCAUCAGUCUCUCCAGGAGGUGAGUGAGCCUCUUACGGCCACCAAGCACCAUGGCACGGUGAACAAGCGCCACAGCCUGGAGGUGAUGAACAGCAUGGUGCGGGGCAUGGAGGCCAUGACGCUCAAGUCACUCCACCUCCCCAUGGCUCGCCGCAACACGCUCCGGGAGCAGGGACCACCCGAGGAGGGGCCAGGCAGCCACGAGGUCCCCCAGCUCCCUCAGUAUCACCACAAGAAGACCUUCUCUGAUGCCACCAUGCUGAUCCACAGCAGCGAGAGUGAGGAGGAGGAGGAGGAGGCUCCAGAAUCGGUGCCCCAGAUCCCCGUGCUCCGGGAGAAGAUGGAGUACAGCGCCCAGCUGCAGGCGGCCCUGGCCCGCAUCCCCAACAAGCCCCCGCCUGAGUACCCCGGCCCAAGGAAGAGUGUGAGCAAUGGGGCUCUGAGGCAGGACCAACCCGGCCUUCCUCCCGGCAUGGCUAGAGCCAGGGUGCUGAGGCACGGGCCGGCCAAGGCCAUCAGCGUGUCCCGGACCGACCCGCCGGCUGUCAACGGGGCCUCUCUCGGCCCAUCCAUCUCGGAACCCGACCUGACAAGCGUGAAGGAGCGGGUCAAAAAAGAGCCCGUGAAGGAGAGACCUGUGUCUGAAAUGUUUUCCCUGGAGGACAGCAUUAUAGAGAGAGAGAUGAUGAUCAGGAAUCUAGAGAAGCAGAAGAUGGCAGGCCUGGAGGCACAGAAGAGGCCGCUGAUGUUGGCAGCGUUGAACGGGCUCUCGGUGGCUCGAGUCUCAGGGCGGGAAGAGAAUCGAGUUGAUGCCACCCGGGUUCCCAUGGACGAGAGGUUCAGAACCCUGAAGAAGAAACUAGAAGAGGGAAUGGUGUUCACAGAAUAUGAGCAAAUUCCAAAGAAAAAGGCCAAUGGCAUUUUCAGCACAGCAGCUCUGCCAGAAAAUGCCGAGCGCAGCCGAAUCCGUGAAGUUGUCCCCUAUGAGGAGAAUCGAGUAGAGCUGAUACCAACCAAAGAAAAUAACACGGGAUAUAUUAACGCCUCUCACAUCAAGGUGGUGGUUGGCGGGGCAGAAUGGCACUACAUAGCCACUCAGGGGCCCCUACCACACACGUGCCACGACUUCUGGCAGAUGGUGUGGGAGCAAGGAGUGAAUGUCAUUGCCAUGGUCACCGCAGAGGAGGAGGGUGGACGAACCAAAAGCCACCGAUACUGGCCCAAACUGGGUUCCAAGCACAGCUCAGCCACCUAUGGCAAGUUCAAGGUGACCACGAAGUUUCGAACAGAUUCUGUUUGCUAUGCAACCACAGGCUUGAAAGUCAAGCACCUUUUGUCUGGGCAAGAAAGGACAGUGUGGCAUUUACAAUAUACUGACUGGCCAGAUCACGGCUGUCCAGAGGACGUCCAAGGAUUUUUAUCCUACUUGGAGGAGAUCCAGUCGGUCCGUCGCCAUACCAACAGCAUGCUGGAAGGCACCAAGAACCGGCACCCACCCAUCGUGGUCCACUGUAGUGCUGGGGUGGGAAGGACCGGCGUGCUCAUUCUUUCUGAGCUGAUGAUCUACUGCUUGGAGCAUAACGAAAAGGUGGAAGUGCCCAUGAUGCUGAGGCUCCUCAGGGAGCAGAGGAUGUUCAUGAUCCAGACCAUCGCUCAGUACAAGUUUGUCUACCAAGUCCUCAUCCAGUUCCUCCAAAACUCCAGACUCAUUUAAUCCCCCAAUCCAGCUCCUGGAGGAGGGACCCAACUCGAUCGUGCAGGAGAGUCACCUCCAGAAAACAUCUGCUCCCCCCGCGGGGGUGCAGGUGGCUGGCAGCAAGCAGGCUCUCUGAAGAUAAUAGCCAAGAUUAUUCACACAUGCCAUGUAUUAUUUUAUAUGAGAUAAUUUAUUUUUUUCCCCUUUGGAAUAACUUUUGUGAAUUAUUAUAAUGCAGUUUUCUUAAUAAUAUAGUACUUUUCAUUCGAACCACAUUUUGACUGAUCUGCAUAUAUAUGUCAGUAGGUAAGGUUGCCUGCUGGAUCAUUUUGGGGACAGAGGCAUGAGGGAGCACAUCUCUUGUGAAGUUGCAGCCGGAUUUGUAACCAGCCCUGAAAUUCAUCAGCUUAAUUCAUUCAUCAUUCAUUACUUAUAUCCAAAGCAAAGAUGGUAAGAAAAGUAAUUCAUCCUGAAAUAUAAAGAAAAGGGUCUGAAGGAACAAGCACGAUUCUCUUAUAUUUUGGGACUCAUGAGCCUUGAUAGACAGUUUCCUCUCUUCCUCAUUUCUGCCCCUCAUCCUCAGUAAUCUCCUCUCCCCAACACCUCCCCCACCAACUUCCCCCCAAGCUUGAGUUAAAGACAGAACAGCUAAAGACGGUGCUGCCUUUACAGUGCAGUAACUGCCAUCUUUGGGGCCGAAAGAGAAGCUCUGUGUUGCACUUUUCUUGACCACCCCUUAUUCUGGGCUCUGGAGUUUGCGUUUCCCUGCUGGGCACUGUACCCUGGGUAUUUGUUGCUACCUCUCCCGUUUGCUCAGUAGGACCCUGUCUGGUGGCAUUGAGGCUCUGGACCAGGCCAUCUGUGCAGUUAAGACUCUAUCCUGAUUGAGAGAGAAUAGCAGACCUAGAAAGAGAAAGGAGUUGGGCAGGGCCUUUGAGGAUUGUGUUGUUCAGGCAGGGCCUUGAUGAUCAUUGUUUUUUAUUUACAUGAGAUGUGUGUGCUGGACAGAGACCCGAAAGUUGAGGUCACUAAGUCAUUGGAAAGGUCAUCGAGGAAACAGAUGGGGAAGCUGAUUUAUGGGAACUAUAUGGCAUUUAGCUACGUAACAGGGGUCCUGGCCAGGAAACACAUCAAAUUUGACCCCCACUGUGCUGGUAUCAUCUUCAGGCUUUGGCCUGCAAGAUCAGAAUUAAUCCUACUCAGGACCCCAUAGUCCAAACUUGGGGCCACUUGAUGAACGAUGGUAGACUUGUCAUUGGCAAAACCCUGUGCCGCUUUCCUUUUCUUCAUAAAAUCCACUGUCUGGUCAGUUAUCUUCACUUGGAAGCCCAGUUCUUAGUUUCUUCCUGUGGCUUCACUGGUCAGUGUCCUUCUGAAUUUCCAAGGUUGGUACACAGUAAAUCAUGUUUUGUACAUUUUUCCUCUUACUGCAUUUUGGGGGAUUUGUCAUUCUAUGUCUACUUUUUCUUGAGUGCAACUUUGAUAUGCACCUUUUUCUUGAGUACAACUUUGAUAUGUUGUUACGUGGUGAUAGGAAGUCAGAGGGCGUGCUCUUCCUGGUUGAUUUGAUGCCACAUCUUCCUUGUCUUUUCAGCUCGGGGAAAAGGCAGCAGUGGAGGAAGGCAUAUGGAACGCCCACAGUGAUCAGUUCAAAGAACAAACCUGCAAUUUAAAAACUGUAGUCAACUAGGCAUGGUGGUUCACACCUGUAAAUCCCAGCACUUUGAAAGGCCAAGGCGGGCAGAUUGCUUGAGCUAAGGAGUUCAAGACCAGCCUGAGCAACAUGAUGAAACCCCGUCUCUACAAAAAGUACAAAAAUUAGCCAGGCAUGGUGGUUUGCCCUUGUAGUCCCAGCUGCUCAGGAGGCUGAGGCGGGGGGAUCACCUCAUUCAAAGAAUUUGAGACUGCAGUGAGCCAUGAUCUUGCCACUGCAGUCCAGCCUGGGCUACAGAGAGACCCUGCCUCCAAAAAAAA